CUCCGUAGAUACCUUCCAUCCCUAUCUUCUAGAUAGUAACAGAAUAAUAAGGAUAAGAACUAUAAGACUAUUGCACGCAAGAUGAUGCAAUCUUGUCCAUGAAAGAAUGAGAUCAUGUCCAGAGGAAAUCAAUCGUCAAGCAUAAGCACAUGGGAGGUGGAAUUGAAAGGAGGCAAAUGCUCUGAAAUGGUGUCAUCAGGAACAUGACUUUCUCGAAGAAUUACUGACACGCGCCACAGCAAUUCCUUCCACACGUGUAUCUCCACAAAUAGGAAAGGAGGAAACGUCAAAUGUUAGGCUUAACGCUUGCCCCUUUCUCCCUGCCCUUUAUUAACGCCGUCUCCCCCGUCUCUCGUGUCCAAACCCCUUAUCCCUCUCGCUUCCACUCGCCAGUUCCCAAUUCCAGACGACAGUGAGUAGGCGAGGAUAGAAGAAGAAAACGAGAAUAAGAAGGAAUAAAGAUGGAAGAAGAUAGGGGAAGCCCGGCCCUUGUGCUUUCCCCCAGCUUCCGAGAGGCGGCGGCGGAGGACGCCGGCGAUCGCCUCACCUCCACCGUCGAUUCCCCUCAGAAAAUCUCUGCCAUCCCGGAGCAUCAAUACGAAGUGGAGGAGGACGAUGAUGACGAUACGAGCGAAGACUUCGAAUUCGCCUUCGUGAUCAAAGAUCCGGAGUCCAUCCCGGCGAUCACCGCCGACGAGAUCUUCUCCAACGGCCAGAUUCGCUCCGUAUACCCGGUCUUCAACCGGGAUUUGCUCCUCGCCGACGGCGGGGGCGAUGGCGGCGAUGCGGUGGAGGAGAAGGCGGUGCGGAUGCCGUUGAGGAGGCUAUUAAUUGAGGAGAGGAACGCGUCGUCGGCGUCGGCGUCGUCAUCGUCCGAGAUGGGCGAGCUGGAGGGGAUCGAUCCGGGGACGUACUGCGUGUGGCGGCCGGGGUCGGUGCCGCCGUCGCCGGCGCGGUGCAAGAAGAGCUGCUCCACGGGGUCGUCUUUCCGGUGGCGAAUUCGGGACCUCGUCAGAAGGAGCCGCAGCGACGGGAAGGAGAAGUUCGUAUUCCUCGCGGCAGAGGAGAAAAAACCCAGCCGGAGCUCCGAGAAGAAGAAGAGCGAGGGGGAAGCGGCGGCGAAGGGGGAGGGGGAGAAGAAGGAGAAGGGGAAUGAGGUGACCGACGUGGAUAUGGUCACCGGUCACCGGAUCUACUACAGGAGUAGGAACAGAGGCGGGCAAACGGCGAAAGGCGGGUGGCGGUCAUUCCUUCCGUACAAGCCCGACCGUGUCGGUUUCCCAGCCAAUGUGAACGGGCUCAGCCCUUCUCACCAUCCCUACUAAUUUUCCUUUUUGUUUUUGUUUUUAUUUUGAUGAGGUACUAUCUUCUUGGUUUUUUUCUUAUUUUUAUCUUGUUAGACGCCUUGUUACCUGUAAAUUUUUGUGGUUUGGGUGGUGGGAGAAGACUGUUCAAACUUAUCUAUUUCGAUUGACCGAUGAGUUCACCUUUUUUUAUUAA